CAGAGCCAUCGUCUACACUAGAGACCCGGCACGUCCAACGACGCGAUCGUCCUGUUUCCUUGGCCCGGUGCCUGACACUUUGCCAUUCCAGUGUGUGCGUGUCUGUGUGUGUAUGCGUGUGUGUGCGCCCGUGCCUGUCCGUGCCUGGUUCGGGGCGUGUGCGCGCACCGGCGAAAGGGUCGACGACGAUUUGUCUUGUCCAUUUACCGGGACCUCCAGCCAGUUGACCGUGUGUGGCCCGCGGAGUGACUGCUGCCCUUCCCAUUCCGUUCAUCCAUCAUUCACCCUCCCCGUCCUCCUCCUCAUCAUCACGAACCAACAACGAUUUACCGCUCGGCGGGCCAACGUCUUUGCUCGAAUACAGUUCUCCCCCGACACACACACACACCCUCUCUCUGUCUCUCUCCAUACACACGUCCAGCCCGCGCGCACGUACGCACACACCCGUCGCCACGGUGUCGCUGCUCUUGCUGCCAUUCAUCCUCCUCUGCUGGACGGCCUCUCGCGCACGUACAUGUACGCACGUCCACACACACUCCCUCUCACCCUCGCAUCUGAGACCUUUCUCCCAUCGACGUACAUCGUAUCCUCAACUGCGAUCAAACGCGCGCUCUCGGGACCCUGGACUGCUGGACCAUCACCACCUCCCGCCCGCCUUCACCCCCCUUCCGACACUAUUGUCGUCGACCUGUCUCUCGUUCUCUAUCAUCUACAUUCCACAUUCGCCGACUGCAGCGGAAAUCUCGCCGUAAUCCUACAACUAAUCCUCUCGGCCACCUCGACGAAUCACCUGCCGAUCACUGACACGAUCAAUCCCGACACGACCACAUAUCAUCAUCACCAUCACUCAGGACAGACACCGACACUAUUCGCUUGACCGGUAUGUUGCGAGGAAGUGCUGUCCUCCAC